UUUGUUGCUUGGUGUGUUAGGAGAUACUUGGUGCAGCACAAUGGCGAAAUUUUUAAGUCUUCUUCACACCGUCGUGAUCUUGGGGCUUAUGGUUCUCAUCUCAAGAACACAAAGCCAAAUGAUACCAGCAUUGGGGUAUCCAGGUCCCCAACAGCAAGGUUAUCCAAAUCCUCAACAUCAAGCUAUGUAUCCACCACAACCUGCACCACCAAUGAGACUUCCCCCACCACCACCAGUGGCAGGAGCAAUUGGACCUCCCCUGCCACCAGCACAGGUGCCGCCCCAAACAUCUUGGUUACCAGUGCCGCCACCUACGGAUCUUUUGAGCACUUUUCUUUUUCCAUAUCGAUUGAUUUGGUUUGUCGCUAAGCUCCUGAUGCGCACUUUCCUUGUUUGAUGAAUAAUAUUAUAAUUAAAUCAUAGCAAUAAAUGGAAUCUUUGGAUUUA